GUCGCUACUGCAAGCGUGACAACGACUCAACUCCAAAUCCACCGGUCUUAAACGACGUCGUCCCGAUCACGUCUGCCCCUGUUGCCGAACUAUUAAAAAAAUAAUAAUAAUAAAAAUCCACUCCACCGGCGCACGCUAGCCGACACCGGUCCUCACUCCCUCCAUUCGCUCUUGGCUUUUAUGGCCUUAAAAGAAUGAGAAAUAUUUCGUAGAGAUAGUGUAUUGUGAGGCUUUCUGAAUCCAAUUAUAGGGAGAUAUAGAGAGAGAGCUUUUACAGCUUUUGAAUCCAAUUCUGGUCCUGUAAAAUUGACACUGUGUGUAUGUACGUGUGUUAGUGAGUGCCGUUUGACUUUUGUUGACUGAUUGAUAGAUCAACGGCCGUAAAGGUACUUCCCGCUUUUCUCUUUGGCCUUGGUUCUGUGUACUGUCUUCGUCUCUCAUAGAAAUCAAGAUUCAGGUGAAUUAUGAUUUUCAAGGGUGCAAGGAAUGGGGAGGUUGAUUAGCGGCUUGGCAUGGCGUUUGUGGCUUGAAUUUGGUUAUUGAAGUCACUAUUUCAAAGCAGUGCAGGUAUUUGAUUUUGGAGAUUGCUUGUGAAAGGUUUUGUAAAUUAUACGCAACAGUGACACUACUAUGGGGGUCUCAGGGAAAUGGAUUAAAGCAUUGGUUGGUUUAAAGAAGUCAGAAAAGGCACAAUCUUCAGAGAAGGGUGACAAUUCAUCACAGAGGACAACUACUAGUAAGUUCCGGCAUAGGAGAAAGCAUUCAGUUGAGAUUGAUGCUGAUAAACUUCAGGAGUUCAGUGACAAUGUUGCUGAACCAAUUGGUGAGGCCAACAUUCACUCUGUCCCAGAUGUUUCUGAAUCCCCUUCUGCUUCUCUUCAAGCACAGAAUGUAGCUGAUAAUCAACAAAUUUUGAGAGAAGAAUGGGCCGCUACACGAAUUCAAACAGCUUUUCGAGGAUUUCUGAAAAAAGGGUGGAUGUUCUAUUUGGUCGGAUUUAUAGGAAAUGAUACAGCAAUAUCCUGAAGAGUGAAGACCCAUGCAAUUACCAAAUAAUAGACACGUGGAGCAGUUCUGCAACAUGAU